AUGAGAGAGACUCUCUUAGCUAUCCUAUUAAUAGUUUACGUUUCUGCAAGACCACAAAAAGAUCCAAGAGGGCCGAAUAUCAUAGACGAUAAUGCCGAUUUUGGAACACCAGAGCAUGACAAUCGAGUACAUACCGAGCUAACGCAAUUGACCGAUAAGGAAGUCGCUCAGUUGAUUGGAUCCGACUAUUUUAAUGGAAGUGUUCUACCAUGUGAUAAUGAAACAGCGCCUGGACAAUGGAUGAUCUACUGUAGUGGUAAACUUCUACAGACUGUCAUGGCCGUCCAAUUGUAUCCGGAUUCCAAGACUUUUGUGGAUCAGCCAAUGAAAGAAAAUCAAACUGGAAAGUCUAUUAUGGAGCAUUUUGAAAAACGUUUCCCUGUUUCUAUUGAGAAGAUAACCAAGAAAGAUGUUGCCGAAUUUGUUGAUGAAUUUUUCGAUAAAGAAGGCAACGAGUUAGAUGUUUGCGAUCUUCCUGACUGGAGGCCCAUUACAGAACAAUUGGCUAAUAUCAAAGAUGCUAGCUAUCAGGCCUUUGCUCAACGACUUCAUUUCAUUUGGAUUCAACUUUGCCGCCAGAUAAAGCCAGAAGUGAAAAAUGAUCCAUCUCGUUUCUCUCUCAUUUAUGUGCCAUAUCAGUUCAUCCUUCCUGGAGGAAGGUUCCGUGAAUUCUACUAUUGGGAUGCAUAUUGGAUACUCAAAGGGUUAAUCGCGUCUGAACUGUAUUCAACUGCAAGAAUGAUGAUAUUGAACUUCGCACAUAUAAUUGAAACGUAUGGUUUUGUGCCGAACGGAGGCCGAGUUUAUUACCUUCGAAGAUCUCAGCCACCGUUUUUCGCACCAAUGGUAUACGAGUAUUACUUGGCAACUCAGGACAUUCAACUAGUAGCAGAUUUGAUACCAGUUAUCGAAAAAGAGUACACAUUUUGGAGUGAAAGAAGAACUGUUAAUGUGACCUAUGAGCAUCCGGACUUGAAUGAAACACUUCACAUGUUCCAGUACAGAACAGAGGCUGAAACUCCAAGACCUGAAAGUUUCAGAGAGGAUGUACUGAGUGCAGAACAUUUUACAACAAAGGAUAGGAAGAAGCAGUUUUUCAAAGACUUGGGAAGUGCGGCAGAAAGCGGAUGGGACUUUUCGAGUAGAUGGUUUAAAAAUCAUAAAGAUAUUUCAACUAUUGAGACAACUAAUAUAGUACCAGUGGAUUUGAAUGCCUUUCUUUGCUACAACAUGAACAUUAUGCAAUUGUUCUAUAAACUUACCGGAAACCCCUUGAAACAUUUGGAGUGGUCAUCUCGUUUUACAAACUUCCGUGAAGCAUUCACAAAGGUAUUCUACGUACCGGCUCGAAAAGGAUGGUACGACUAUAAUCUUCGGACACUCACCCACAAUACUGACUUCUUCGCAUCCAAUGCUGUACCUCUAUUCUCGCAGUGCUACGACCCACUGAACUCUCAGAUUGCAGUGGAUGUGUACAAUGAAAUGCAGAAUUCUGGGGCGUUCUCAAUACCCGGCGGAAUUCCAACAAGUAUGAACGAGGAGACGAACCAGCAAUGGGAUUUCCCAAAUGGUUGGAGUCCAAUGAAUCAUAUGAUCAUUGAAGGACUUCGCAAGUCUAACAAUCCAAUUCUACAACAAAAGGCGUUUACUCUUGCUGAGAAAUGGCUGGAGACUAAUAUGCAAACAUUCAAUGUUUCCGAUGAAAUGUGGGAGAAAUAUAAUGUAAAGGAGCCACUGGGAAAGUUGGCGACUGGUGGAGAAUACGAAGUUCAGGCCGGAUUCGGUUGGACCAAUGGUGCAGCACUGGAUUUAAUUUUCACAUAUUCCGAUCGACUACAGUAUAACGGGCCGAUAUUAGAAUCAUUGGUCGGAUCACAAACGACGUCUAUGAAAUCGUCACCAGAUUCGUCGACAUCUCUACCAAUUGAUAUCACCACUACCAUCACGACAUCAUCAUCAUCCUCUACUUUCGGGUACAGUAACAUUCUCACACUUAUUACGGUGUUUGUAUUAUAUAUUUUAUAGAUUCGAUUGUUUUUAUAGGAAUUAUUUCAAUUGUACAUUUAAUUUUUGCAAACGGGGUAUUACUUUUCUCUAUAUAUAAAGCUUUCCUAUCCUAUUUU